UGGCUUUAGCCCAAGACAGCAACAGUUAAUCAAAAUCAACUAACCAACAAUGGCCCUUAAGCUCGUGAUCGCUUUGGCUCUCUUCGCCGUGGCCCAUGGAGCCGUACAGAGAACCGCUGCCCCGGUGGCAGUGGCUGCCACUCCCGUUCCCGUCCUGGCCAAGACAGUUGAGCUAGAGGAGGUGGAUCCGCAUCCGCAGUACUCCUACAGCUACGACGUGCAGGACUCCCUCUCUGGUGACAACAAGGGACAUGUGGAGGAGCGUGACGGAGACGUGGUCCGCGGCGAGUACUCCCUGAUCGAUGCCGAUGGCUUCAAGCGCACCGUUACCUACACCGCCGAUCCCGUCAACGGAUUCAACGCCGUCGUCCGCCGUGAACCGCUUGCGGCCGUGGUGGCCGCCGAGCCUGUGGUGAAGGUUGCCGCUCCACUGAUCAAGGCUGCCGCCCCCGUGGCCCUCGCUGCCCCAGCGCCAGCAGUUGCGAUCCCAGCUCCCAUCGUUCGCUCUGCUCCUCUGGCUGUUUCCACGCCCUUCGUCCGCUCUGCUCCCCUGGCAGUGGCUGCUCCCGUGAUCAAGUCCGCUCCUCUGGCUCUGACCACUCCUUUUGUCCGCUCUGCUCCUUUGGCGGUGGCUGCGCCCGCUCCAGUUCUGCGCACUGCUGCCUACACCGCGCCCUUGCGGUACACCGCCCCUGCCUACACCGUCGCCAACUUGUAA